UUACAAACUAGGAUGUCCAUUUAUGUUUUCUCUCUCUUAUACUGUUGGUUAAAUACAUAUUUUGAUAUUUUUGUAAGUCAGGGAGUUUUCACCCACUCCUUAGUUCUUUUUUGGGUUGGCAGUUUAUUGUUUGGUUACUAUUAUGAAAGAUGUAGAAUAAUCUUUUGUAAACAGGUGUCUGAAAAGCUGCUGUCUAGCUGGACAUCCCUGUUACCUAACCUGAGUUUUACAUUUUUUAGAAAAUAACAUCUGUUGCAACAAGUGUUGUGGUUACAGUAGUCAGUGAACCUUACUGUUGCUGUUGAAAUCAGCUUUGCUGAAAGUACUCAUCUUAAGUAGUAUGGCAAAGAGCAGAUACUUAGAAAAAUACUGUAUGUUGCAGAUAGCCAUUGUCUUAAUUUUCCAGAAAUAACUGUUCUUCGAGUCUUGCAUUCAGUUUGGUUUCACUGAAAUACAAACAAGACCCACUGCAGUUGUUACAGAAACUUUCUGAAGAUGAGCAGAGGGCCAGUAUCUUUAGGCUUGAUGUGAUCUUAAGUCUCUACUGUGCCUGUGAAUUACUCUGACUGUGACCAGUCUGUACAUGUGAAAGAAAUUAAUAGGAUUUGUAGUCAAUCCUUCUGAAUCCUUCUGCAUUCAUAAGAAACCCUUGGCUUUCAGUUUUCAGGACGUACAGACUGAGCAAUCUUCUGCCUUUGGGUGUCAAGUUCACCUUUUUUCUGGUAAGGAAGACAGUAACCAAGACAUCAGCAGAGUGGCUUGACUGCUACUAAAUUCAAAGUGUCUUAAAUAUUCCUAUAAAUAGUUUUGUGAAUUCUAGAUGGAGACAAGCUAACAGAAGGACUGAUGAGAACUUCUAAUGUACAGAAACAAUUCGAAGUACUUGUUUUUGUUGGAAGAAAGCAUAAAGUAACAUGGUUUUGGAGAAGGAAACAGGCAUUUAAGUCUACUAGUCUCUUGAUCACUGAUCAGAAAACUGAUGUGUCAAUACAGUAUUCACAUCUGGAUUAAGCCUUCGUUUUUUAAGAUUGUUCAAGAGCCUAUGUUAACCAAAUUGGUAGAAAUUGUCAAAUAUUAGAACAAGUUUAAGGGUUUUCAUUUAGCUGGUAUCUGUACUAGUUUUCAUAUGGUUCAAAGGCUUAAGCGGGGUCUGCCUGUGCCGUAAUUGUCACUUAUGUAAUUGCUGAUGCAUGGUAGCUUGAAUUGUGAGCUUUUGAUUAUGAAGGCUGACCCCCUAGUACUCAUGACUCCUGAAAACAAGGCAGAAGAGAAUAUUGUAGAAACUAUUCUAUUGAGAUGAGUCAGAUACCAGGAAAGGAGUUAAAUGGAACAACUGCCAAAAGUCAAGAUAUGAUACCUUGUACAACCUGUGGAAGACAUUUAGCACAGGAUGUUCUGCUGAGACAUGAUCCAAUAUGCAGGAAAGUCUUCAACAAGAAGUGCAAGUUCUCUUUGAAACAGAGACUGCAGGGAAGAGGAAUCACCACUGUGAAGAGGCAGUCCCUGCAAAAGAAACAGCCAGGGAAGAAAUCUAACUGGAGGCAGCACCAUGAGGAGUUUAUUAAUACUAUUUGGUCAACCAAGUAGGAAAAAGCUCUGAAGGAGGACUGCCCUCUUCCACCUCCUCCCCCACCAAGCAUCAAUCCAGACUAUGUUCAGUGUCCACACUGCUCACACAGAUUUAAUGAGGCUGCAGCACAGAGGCACGUGAAGUUUUGUGAAGAACAAAGUGCCUUUGCUGUGAAGAGCACCAGACAGGCUUUGGUAAAGUUGGGUGUGAAUUGUGCAUCUUCCCACCACCACCCUCCAACCUUAAAAACUGCUGUGUUACCACUUCAGAAGAGAGUACAAGAAGUUGCCAAUACAGAUGAACCCAGGCCAGAGACCUCUCCAGGAACACUGCAGAAAACCAGAAAAUCUUUGGACCAUGCAGUCAGUGUGGCUCCCAUCUCGCGCUAUGCCAUGUCAGAGCCAUGUCAGAGCAGCAAGGUGGCCUUCCAGCCCCUGCUUAAGGUGGUUGUUGUGCCGUUGUGCAAGGGGAUGGCUCAGGUGAUUGGCAUCUUGCACCCCUGUGAGAUGCACAUGACAGCAAAAUAUGAGAUCCUGGCAGGGAAUGUGGCCAAGAUGGAUUCCCUGGAGCUGGCAAGGCAUGGGGACGAGACACCUCUUUCCCCAGGGAUGCUGGUGAGCCCAGGUAUUGCCAAGGUUGUAGCCGCAGCCAGUUUAGAGAGGCCUGGGCGAGCCAGUGUCUCCAGCAGGUCCCCAGGGCCGACAUCCAUGCUAGCGUCUGAAAUACAGGGCAGAGUCCUGUACGUCCCCAGGAACUGUGGAAGCAACUGGGUGAAGUUAGUUUAUCAGUGCUGGGCUGUUGGCAACUGCUGCUGCAUUUUCUGUAAAACUUGA